UAUUGAGAGCUCCAUUUCUGGAAAGCGUUGCAACACUGAAGAAUAUCAGACUGCGAAUCACCGGGAACGGUUCCCUUGCAGCACAGAAGCAAUCUCUCUCCCUAUCUUCGCAUAUUCUGAUGGCAAAUCAAAUAGAAGAAGAGAGGAAGCAUGACUGCAGAUCGGAUCAGUUCUCUUUGUGGAUUACAUUUUCAGUAAAAUGUAUGGAUCGAUCUUUUCCUUGUUCUUAUAUCUAGAUCAUGAGACUUGAUUGAGGCUGUAUCAUUAUCCUCCAUCCAUCUAUGGCGAACUAUAGCCAUGCAGCUGACAACAUUUUGCAAAAUCUCUCGCCUCUAACAGCCUUUCUGAAACUGACUUCCUUGGGUUUCAUAAUAGGAGUCAGCGUGGUGGGCAACCUUCUGAUCUCCAUUUUGCUAGUGAAAGAUAAGACCUUGCAUAGAGCACCAUACUACUUCCUGCUGGAUCUUUGCUGUUCAGAUAUCCUCAGAUCUGCAAUUUGUUUUCCAUUUGUAUUCAACUCUGUCAAAAAUGGCUCAACCUGGACUUACGGGACUCUGACUUGCAAAGUGAUUGCCUUUCUGGGGGUUUUGUCCUGUUUCCACACUGCUUUCAUGCUCUUCUGCAUCAGUGUCACCAGAUACCUAGCAAUCGCUCAUCAUCGCUUCUAUACAAAGAGGCUGACCUUUUGGACGUGUCUGGCUGUGAUCUGUAUGGUGUGGACUCUGUCUGUGGCCAUGGCGUUCCCCCCAGUUUUAGACGUGGGCACUUAUUCAUUCAUUAGAGAGGAAGAUCAGUGUACCUUCCAACACCGCUCCUUCAGGGCUAAUGAUUCCUUAGGAUUUAUGCUGCUCCUUGCUCUCAUCCUCCUAGCUACACAGCUUGUCUACCUCAAGCUGAUAUUCUUUGUCCACGAUCGAAGGAAAAUGAAGCCAGUCCAGUUUGUAGCAGCAGUCAGCCAGAACUGGACUUUUCACGGCCCUGGAGCCAGUGGCCAGGCAGCCGCCAAUUGGCUAACGGGNUUUGGAAGGGGUCCCACACCACCCACUCUGCUGGGCAUCAGGCAAAAUGCAAACACCACUGGCAGAAGAAGGCUAUUGGUCUUAGACGAGUUCAAAAUGGAGAAAAGAAUCAGCAGGAUGUUCUAUAUCAUGACUUUCCUCUUCCUAACCUUGUGGGGCCCCUACCUGGUGGCCUGUUAUUGGAGAGUUUUUGCAAGAGGGCCUGUAGUACCAGGGGGAUUUCUAACAGCCGCUGUCUGGAUGAGUUUUGCCCAAGCAGGAAUCAAUCCUUUUGUCUGCAUUUUCUCCAACAGGGAGCUGAGGCGCUGUUUCAGCACAACCCUUCUUUACUGCAGAAAAUCCAGGUUACCAAGGGAACCUUACUGUGUUAUAUGAGGGAGCUUCUGUAAAUCUUUAGCCUUGUGAAACACUGACCUUCUCUGCUAAGCAAUUGUGGCCCAUAGCCAUAUCUUGAGAAGAAAUUCAAGAAUGGGAUCAGCGGAUAUAAGGAUUUGGGCAACGUUCUGCAGUCUUUGCAAUAGUUCACCUAUAAUCCUAUUUUAAAUCUUGGAGUGAUCCUGCUGACUGCUGGUGAAGGUUUGUAAUACAGAAAGGACUGAACCACUGCCCUAAGUUUCUUUAUGUGGUUGAAAACUAGAUAACGAAAGUAGCAGGUGCUAAGUAUCAGUGCUAAAUGCUGUGUAUAUCACUACAUAUGAAAAAACAUCAAAAAAAUUAGCAUUGGACAUCUUAAUAAAUUAAGUUGACAUGAGGUAAAUGUGUUGAUAAAAACUAAUUUUAGAAGUUUGAAGACUUUAAAACAUUUCAUACUCUUAUUGUUUUGCAAAGACUAAAAUAUUUGGGGACUUAAAGUACUGUAAUCCACUAAAGACGUGCCAUGAAUUAUUGGAAUAUUACACUUUCGAAAUCGCCUUGUAAGUUUGGGGGAGCAUUCCAAAGCAGUCUAUUGGUUCCAAUUGAGUUUACUUUUUUGUUUUGUAUUAAGACAUGACUAUUUCUAAAUACCACUUUCCUUAUCUACUAGUGAAAUUGCUAGCAUUGAAAUGUAUUAUGUGAGUUUCGUUGAUUUGGUAUAAAGUUUUUCCAAUUCGUUUCUAUUUUACAAAUGCUAGAUACUGGUUUGGGAGGCAACAUUAAUGGUACCAGCCGGUCACAAUUGAGCAGUUCAAAUAAUGCAGAAUAAACACAUGUUGCCUUAAAGGGUUAUCUAGUAUCCUUCAUCUUAUUUAGCAUUGGAGCAAAUAGUCAAGGGAAGUGGAAUCUGAAACUGGUCACGGUCAUGCAACUGGAAGUGCAUGGGAGAUGAUUUAAUACUCUUUUUUCCUUUUUCUUCACAUGGUUUGAAAAUGAAGGUGCACGUCACUGGAAUAAAGGGAUUUUCUUCUGAGGUGUGCUACCCAUGCUAGUGUGCUCUAAGAAGCAGGCAGUUGAUGUAUGUUUAUAUUUUAAGUCAGCUGUCAAGGGGAGACCGCAGCCUUAGUAUGACAUCCUGCACAAUUUGUGAAGCAUUUAUUCUACCGAAGGCACAGUCUUGUUUAUACUUUCUGCACAUUCAGUGUAUUGGUCGUUUCAAUUAUUUCAGUUUUAACUUGUGAAAGCUUAUAAUAUGAUUUCUGGUAUUUUAGAAAUACAUUAGAGUCUGUGAGUCACAUUCUUUAAGAAACAGAUGUGUGAACUUCAAUAUAAAGUUGCA